AUGAUGAGUCCUUAUAUAUGUGUGCGUAGUGACAAUGACAAGUCUUUAUGUGAUAUUGCUUCGGCUGUGCAUAAUCAGCCUAAUGUUGGUGGGAACGACGAGUUCCGACAUUUGGGGAAGCUCCAGUGGAACAAUCUGCCUACUUUCAAGGGUAGGUACGCUCCUGAUGGAGCGAACACUUGGCUCAAGGAGAUUGAGAGGAUUUUCAGAGUGAUGGAUUUCUCUGAAGCACGGAAGGUGUGGUUCGGUACACAUAUGUUAGCUAAGGAAGCUGAUGACUGGUGGAUCAACACUCGUCAGGUGGUGGAUGUUGCAGUUGAAGUUAUAAAGAGGUUUCCAGAGUUGGUAAACAACUGUAGAAUUUAUGAGGAUGGUGGAAAGGCUCGGUUGGCUCACUACAAGGAGUUGAGCGAGAGAAGAGGAAAGCAGAAUCUGAACCGUGGGAAGCCAUAUAGUGCUCCAGUUGAUAAAGGUAAACAGAGAGUUGUUGGUGGUAAGAGGACAAGUGGGGGAGGUGCCCCCACUCCUCUUAAGUGCUAUAGGUGCGGUGAGUUGGAUCAUCAUUUCAGUGAAUGCAAGAGUGAUGUGAAGAAGUGUACAAGUGUGGGAAGUCAGGACAUUUGGUUACUGAUUACAAAGAGAGUGUGGUGA